GCCAUUUUGAAAGUGCAGUGAGUAGGCUAGUCCUGAUUGCAGAGUUAGAAAGUUUUGCUAUUUCCCCACUGAUGAAAAGUGGCGAGUACUAUUGAGCGAAAUACUAAAGAAAGGUUAUUCAUUGGGUUGACACGCAGUGCAGUUACUUAGUUUACUAGACUUUUCUUGUGGACAUUUUUACUCCACCAACCUCGGCAGAUUGGCACAGCAAGCGCUGAAACUCAAGACUGACAUUCCCUCUCAGCAUGGCAGGUGCUGGUGACGGGGACGAUGAGGUCCAGUGGUGCUUCUCCCAGGUCAAGGGGGCCUUUGAUGACGACAUCGCUGAGGCUGACAUCAUUUCCACUGUGGAGUUCAGCCACUCAGGAGAGCUGCUGGCCACCGGGGACAAAGGAGGACGCGUGGUCAUCUUCCAGCAGGACCCGGAGAGUAAGAGCCAGCCGCUGUGCCGAGGGCAGUACAACGUCUACAGCACGUUCCAGAGCCACGAGCCCGAGUUCGACUACCUCAAGAGCCUGGAGAUCGAGGAGAAGAUCAACAAGAUCCGCUGGCUGCCGCAGAAGAAUGCCGCCCAGUUCCUGUUGUCCACUAAUGAUAAAACCAUUAAGUUGUGGAAGAUCAGCGAGCGAGAUAAGAGACCUGAAGGAUACAAUCUGAAGGAGGACGACGGACGCUACAGAGAUCCCAGCUCAGUCACUGCUCUGAGGGUGCCCAUAUUUCAGCCCAUGGACCUGAUGGUGGAGGCGAGUCCACGCCGCGUCUUUGCCAACGCACACACCUACCACAUCAACUCCAUCUCCGUCAACAGCGACAACGAGACCUACCUGUCCGCCGACGACCUGCGCAUCAACCUGUGGCACCUCGAGAUCACCGAUCGCAGCUUCAACAUUGUGGACAUCAAGCCGGCCAACAUGGAGGAGCUGACGGAGGUGAUCACGGCGGCGGAGUUCCACCCCCACCAGUGCAACACCUUCGUCUACAGCAGCAGCAAGGGCACCAUCCGCCUGUGUGACAUGCGCGCCUCCGCGCUCUGCGACCAGCACUCCAAACUGUUUGAGGAGCAGGAGGACCCCAGCCGGCGGUCGUUCUUCUCCGAGAUCAUCUCCUCCAUCUCGGACGUCAAGUUCAGCCACAGUGGCCGCUACAUGAUGACCCGAGACUACCUGUCCGUCAAGAUCUGGGACCUCAACAUGGAGAGCCGGCCGGUUGAGACCUACCAGGUGCACGAGUACCUGAGGAGUAAGCUGUGCUCGCUCUAUGAGAACGACUGCAUCUUCGACAAGUUCGAGUGCUGCUGGAGUGGAGACGACAGUGUGGUGAUGACCGGCUCCUACAACAACUUCUUCCGGAUGUUUGAGCGCGGCGGUCGCCAGGACGUGACCUUGGAGGCCUCGCGCGAGGUCAGCCAGCCGCUGAUGGCGCUCAAGCCGCGCCGCGUGUGUGCCGGCGGGAAGCGCCGCAAGGACGAGGUGGGCGUCGACAGUCUGGACUUCAGCAGGAAGAUCCUGCACACCACGUGGCAUCCCCAUGACAACAUCAUCGCCGUAGCGACCACUAACAACCUGUACAUUUUCCAGGACAAAUGUUAACUAGCAUUAAUAACUACUUCUUUUGAUACUAAACCAGUUUUAUAAGGAUUGCAGUAUAUUCAGGACCAGGCCAAACCAAAGGCAAACCAAACACCGCCCCUCCCCCCCCCCCAAUUCAUUUCUACUGUAAGCCACUACUCUGCGUUUUUUUUAAACACUCCAACCUCAGAGGCAUUCCAUUGGUUCAUCUGUAUGUGCAUUUUACUGUUUUUGAUGUACAUUGUUUUUUAAUGUCCUACAGAUUUUAUUUUAUUACUUUAUUGUUUUUUUUUUUGUUUGUUUGUUUUUUUUUUUUUGUCCUUAUGAUAAAUUUCUUUUGUCUCUCGUUUUGACCCACUCUGCUGAAGCACCCGGAGAUGACUGCCCUGAUUGGCAGUGGUGCUCAACCCAUCCUGUGGCCCGAGCUACGAGGACUUGCUCUGUGUGUGUGUGUGUGUGUCUCCUAGCUGUGUGCGCUUCGCAGUCGUCGUGGCGAUACGAGGCUGUGGAGGAGGAGAGACCAGCUCGGGAGCAUCAGCACAGCCCUCUCUACGUAGAGACCAGAGAGUGACCGGAGAGUGACCGGCAUGGACAGAGCCUUGCGUCGGCCCACUGAAGGAUCGGCAGACCAGCACAGUCACAGCAGCCCUUGAUGAUUGCACCCACCCACCCCCCCCCCCCACACACACACACACACACACACACACACACACACACACACACACAGUUACGCUCAGAAAUGGAGGCUUUAGUCAUCCUGCACUCUUCUGAUGUUUCUCUGUGUGUGUUGCCACACACACACACACACACACCUUCUGUAUGUUGAUCACUGCAGGCAUGUUUUACUGUAAUUUCUGGAGGUAAAACGUUAAUGGUUUCUCACGAUCUUGGGUAACAGUGUUUCCUUUUUGUUUGUUUGUUUUGUGUGUAUUUUCAUAUUUGAUUUAUUUCAAUGUGAGUUUUUUUUGUAUUAGAAUGUUUUUGUGUGUUUUUUUUUAGUUUUUUUUUUUUUUUUUUAAAGAGCUGUUUGUAUGAGAGGAUAAUCACUAUAGUUAGAUUUAUUUUUCUACAGAAUUAAAUGAGGGUGAUCUGAUCCUGCAGUCCUGGGCCUGUGACUGUCCUGUGUGAUCCUCCCUCUCUGCUGGUUCUGAGAUGGCCAACUGUAUCUGUCCUGCGUAGCGACAUCCUGCAUUGAUCUUAAGCACUGUCUGCUGGUUGUGGGUUGGCCCACUAUCUGUCCUGCGUAGUGACGUCCUGCGUUCUCUUCCGCAUUGUCUGCUGGUUCUGAGAGGGUCGACUGUAGCUGUCCUGCGUAGUGAUGUCCUGCGUUAUCUUUAGCACUGUCUGCUGGUUGUAAGAUGGCUCACUGUAAUGUUCCUGCGUCAUCUACAGCUCUGUGUCUGUCAGCUGGUUCCGCCUGAUUGUUUUGUAGGCGAAGUGAUUGGGGGGUGCGGAAACAGAACUGUGAUUGUGGAUGAGGAUUGGCUCCUCAGGCAGCCACUGAUUGGACCCUGUCCAAUCUACAGUCGGCUCUUGUGUGGCUCUGCCGUGUCAUUGGCUAGGGCUGCAGGAAGUGCGAUCCAAAGACUACUGAGCUGUGUCUGCUGUUUCACUGCAGGUCCCGUGGGGUAACAGGCAGCCCACCUACCCCCCGGCUGCAGGGCUUCUUGCAAGUCCUGUGGGGUAACAGGCAGCCCACCUACCCCCCGGCUGCAGGGGUUCUUGUAGGUCCUGUGGGGUAAUGGGCAGCCCACCUACCCCCGGCUGCUGGGGUUCUUGUAGGUCCUGUGGGGUAACAAACCCUUUCAGCUGAUAGCCACUGAAAUAGGGCCGCUGUUUUGCUUGAGUUAUAUUCAGAUUGGCUUUGUACGAGAGUGUGUGUGUGCGUGUUAGUGUACAUGCAUAGGUGUGCAGGCCCUUCUUAUUCGGGUAGACCCACUGGUCGUAGAGCACUGGGGUUGGCUGUGUGUGUGUGUGUGUGUGUGUGUGAGAGAGUCCGUCUCAUCCUCGGUGCAGACCUGCUGGUGUUUUCCCUUCCUCUCCUCUCGGCAAGAUGGCGCUCCAUAUCCAUGUCCAUGCAUCAGUGAGGGGUCCGUGUGUAGGCUUUCCUGAGUAGCCUGAGACAGCCAGAGCUCAUGGAGUCGCCAUCUCUAUGGCCACUGGAGUAGAGAUGUUCCUCUCUUCCCGCUCAUCUGUAUUAUAGUAGAGAUGGUCCUAUCUGACUGAUUCUGUCUGUCUGUGUGGACAGCGAAGCUCUUGGACUGGUUUCUUUUGACAACAGAAGUAGAUAUUUCUAUCUGACUGGUUCUGUCUGUGUGGACAAAGAUGUUCUUCUCGGACUGAUUUCCUUUGACUCUUCCCACUACAGAAGUAGAGGUGUUCCUACCCGACUGAUUCUCUAGGCGGACAGAGAUGUUCUUGGACUGAUUCUGAUUCUUUUGACCACAGAAGUUGAGAUGUUCCUCUCCAACUGUCUAACCAGAGCAAGAGGCUCUGUGAGCCAUCGUCCUGUUUGAGCAAAAGACGUUCCUCUCUUAGCGAAGGUCCUCCUCUCAAACUCAUCAGGCACGUUUCUCCAAUGAUCCAGAUAACGUUUCGGAGACCUGGCUUUCCGAAGCUGGUUCUGCGUUCAGUCAUCUCCAUGCCAACGGAGGUCGGGUCUCCAUGGCUCCCAGGCUCCGUCCUCUGCUGUGCUGGAGGGAACAGGAAGUUGAGGCCCAUCUGAAGGAUCCAGGCUGAAGGCUUUGCAAAACUCCUCUUGCAUGCAGUAGCUCUCUGAGAUGCACUGCCAAGCAUGUUGAGGCAUUAUUCUUCUGUAUUUAGACUUAAUGCACUUACCUCUGUCCUGCUUGGAGAGACUGUGUGGUCUGCGUAGACAAGCAAGUGUUGAAUGGGGCGCCUGAUGGCAAAUAUCUCUAUGCAGGGCAGAAAGUGAGCAUGUUAAAUUCAGUGGAGGUGUGUGUGUAUGUGUCAGUGUGUGUGUGUGUGUGUGUGUCCGUCAAUGUGUGAAGGUGUGUGUGUGUGUGUGUGUGUGUGUGUGUGUGGUGUGUGUGUACAGGUGUGUGUCCUGUGGCUGAAAAGAGGCGAAGUAAGAUGGCUGUGUGGUGUUUUGAUUUAAGAUCAAUACUCAAGGCUGUGUGUUUGGCCACUGCUCGUCCUGGAGGGCUUCCUGCAGGGAGAACAUGAAUUAGUCAGACUCUUAUGUAACAAUGAAAGACUUCAAAACCAAAUAAACUUCAUC